AUAUCCCCUUUCUCUUGCAGCAAUCGAAGCAAGAACUUUCUCUACUUUUUUCCUUUAUCAAUUGUCCCUGUGUAGAUUGUAAUCAUCUUCAUGGCUGCCAUGGUUUCUGCAUAUGUCUUCGUCUUUCUCGCCCUCUUCGGCAUGGUCGCAUCUGAUCCUGAUCUUCUCCAGGAUCUCUGUGUAGCUAACAAAGCUGCAGGAAUAAAGGUGAACGGAUUUCCAUGCAAAGAUGAGGUAAACGUAACGGAAGCUGAUUUCUUCUUUAGCGGAUUAGCCAAUCCUGGAGUUAUCAACAAUUCAGUAGGAUCAGCGGUGACAGCAGCCAAUGUUGAGAAAAUUCCCGGACUUAACACCCUUGGAGUUUCACUUGCCCGCAUCGACUAUCAACCUGGUGGCCUUAACCCGCCCCACACUCACCCUCGUGGCACUGAGAUCAUCUUUGUUCUUGAGGGUGAAUUGGAUGUUGGGUUCAUAACUACAUCAAACAAGUUGAUCUCCAAAUCCGUCAAGAAAGGCGACGUUUUCGUCUUCCCCAAGGGACUGGUACAUUUCCAGAAGAACAAUGGUGAGAAGCCAGCUUCUGUGCUUGCAGGGUUCAACAGCCAGCUGCCCGGAACUCAAUCGAUUGCCGCUACAUUGUUUACUUCAACGCCACCGGUGCCGGACAAUGUCUUGACCAAGGCCUUCCAAAUCGGCACCAAGGAAGUUGACAAAAUCAAGAAUAAGCUUGCCCCCAAAAAAAGCUAAGCUAAAUGAGGCCCAUGGCUUUGAGAUCGAGGAGGAUAGCUAAGGCAGAAUCAUUAUAUCGUUCUCCAUGCAUAACUUUGUAUCAAUAAUAUUGGGUCUUCAAUUUUCGAACUUCUAAGUAAAAUAUGGAUCAAACCCAACGUUUUAUAAGUAAUAAUAAUUGGUGAUGAGUGUUGAUAUUUUA